GCAGGGGGGAGGUUUCUGGGUUCUUUAUGUGUUCUAGAACAAGAAAAGAAGGAGAAAUCCCCCAAGCUUUUAUCGGUUUUUCUUCAAGGGAGGGCUGUCGGUGGUGGCUGGGUUUUGUUCGGUGCAGGGAAGAAGAAGAAGAAGAGCAGAACACGCGGGCUGAAGAAGAAGAAAGAAGAAAAAAAUGCCAACCGAUCCUUAUCCAAAAUUUUCCCUCUUUUAAGUCCCUCAACUUUUGAAAUAUUCACUAUUAGGCCCAACAAUAUUACUUUUUUCACAAUUAAACCCUUAACUAAAUG